UACACAAUAUUAAUGUACUUUUAGGUUACAAGGUCGCACUGCUUUUCAUCAUGAGUAACAUCACCUCCUGCAUGGAAUCUCAGACUCUUGUUUCUUCCAUUUUAAAGCCCAUUCUCAUUUUGGAGUUCAUCUUUGGCUUGCCUGGAAUUGUGUUUGCUCUGGGGAUUUUGUUCUUCAAGUCUCCAUGGAAAGCUUGCAAUGUGUAUGUCUUCUGCUUGGUAAUAUCCGACCUCCUACUCCUCACUGUGCUGCCUUUCCUCAUAGAUUAUCUCUUCCGUGGUGAAGACUGGAUAUUUGGUGAAUCCUUUUGCCGCUUCGUUCUGUAUAUUAUAUCUGUAAACAACUCAACAAGCAUGGCUUUCAUGUCAAUUUUAGCCGUGGACCGCUUCUUCAGGAUACUUCACCCACACCAUCGCAUUUGUCGAAUGAGUGUGAGACAAGCAAUAGUGUUGGUUUGCACAGUUUGGGUGGGUGUUCUACUCCUUCGCCUUCCAGCCGCCUUGAACCUGGCUCUUGCAUCACAGAAAAACUCGUCGAAGCUCACAUGCCACAGUUAUCUGUCAUGGAGAUGGCCGUCGGUUCAAAUGAGGAUAUAUAAUUCAGUACAGCUGAUGGAGGUCCUGCUAGGGUUGACACUGGUGGUCUUCAGUUUUGUGCGUGUUUUUUCUCACGUCCAGUGUCAGCAGUCUAAGGGCGCACACCGCAGGGUGAAGCGGGCAGUGAGAUUGCUUCUGUUUCUUGUGAUCAUGUUUGUUCUGUGUUUCCUACCUACAGUCACUUUUGGCAUCUUACUUCAAGUGUUUCCCUGUUCUGAAUUCCUCAUAGUUUGUCUCCAUGCCUCUUUAGCUUUAUCCUACAUGAACUGUGCACUGGAUCCAGUCAUCUACUGCCACAUUAACGCUUGGUUCCGUGACACCUUGAAAGGCACAACCAACUCAGCGGGGCUGACGAAGUUCAGGAUGAGUGCGAAGAAGAACAGAAAAAAACCUUAAUCUACCUGAGAAACUGUUUGUUACAAUCAUUGCAAUUGGGAGGGUGAAAAUAAAAUGUGGCUUAAAGAGAUAAUUCACCUAAAAAUGAAAAUUCAUUCAUCAAUUACUCACCCCUCAUGUUGAUCCAAACCUGUAUGACUUU